AUGGCGCAGACCGAGGUGGAGGGCUCGAAGGUGAGCACGAAGAAGAGCGGGAAGAGGAAGGCGAAGGAGUCAAGUGAUGAAGAGGAAGUACCGACCGUCAAGCCGCCAAAGAAGAAGCGUGCGACAAAGGAAUACAAGAGCAAGGAGUUCAUCGAAAGUGAAGAUGAGACUCCGGCACCGCCUUCCAAUCUACCCGCCAAGACCGCAGGGGAUUCUAACGAUGGUGUUGCGAAGACGAAUGCCCCUGCCAAACCUGUCAAACAGACAACGAGGAUGACGGCGACGCCUCAUGUCGCACCGAAGGCAAAGGGGAAGGGGAAGGCAAAGGCAACGGCGAAGGGGAAGGCAACGGCGAAGGUGAAGGCGAAGGUGAUGGUGUCGCAGAAGGACAUGUGGAAAAGACGUCCACCCACGUGUCUGACUUCAUGUGGGCACAUGCAACAGAUUCGCUCGUCCCUUGCGUUGGCUGCCAGGAGAAAGAGUGGCCAUGCAAGCUCAACACCGCCAACUUCAGUUGCUGCCUCGAAUGUGUAG